AUGGUGCUGUUAGCACAAAUGACUUCCGAAUCACCUAAGAAUCUCCAGGAAGAGACCAAUACUGUCGAGGCCAUACCUGACGAUAACCUUACGUCGCAUCACACAAUUAUUGCUCAACCAUCUACUUCAAAAAACUGUUUCUCGUCCCACUCAGACCACCAGAAUGAUUCUGGAGUUUCCCCACAAAUAUUAGACUUGAUUACACCAGAAGAUAUAGGUAUUGAUACAGGAAAAAAAGAGACCUCACACACUGGCGUAAAUUUGGCCUCGGAAAUGUUAAGGGUCACAGACGAGUGGAAAGUGACUCAAAAAAUUCUUUUGGCUGUAACCGACAAUGGCGCCAACAUAAAAAAAGCUGUCGAGAAAGAUUUAGGCUGGAAGCAUUUUGGCUGCUAUGCUCACACGCUGAAUUUAGCAGUUCAAGAAUCAAUUCAAAGGUCAGAAGAAGUAAAUGCCGUAAUUAACAAAGUUAAAACGUGUGUUGGUUAUUUUAAAAGGUCUGCUCAAGCUUGGGAGAAACUUGAAAAAUUCCAAGUUCAAGCCGGUAAAACUGUAAAAAGGCCUUUGCAAAAUGUGAGUACAAGAUGGAAUUCCACCUAUUAUAUGUUGCAGAGGUUUCUUGAAAUCAGAGAAGAGGUUAAUAGUUCGUUAUCUAACUUAAAUGCUACUGCCAUGUCACUAACUGUAGUAGACUGGGAACUAUGCGAGGGUGUCUGUAAAUUAUUAAAACCAUGCGAAGAAGUAACAAAAGAAGUGUGCGGACAAAAAUAUGUAACAGGCAGCAUUAUUAUACCCAUUACUACAGGACUAAUAUCAUCAGUGGAACUCAUAGAAACUUAUAAUCAUCCUAUAGCCGUGCAAAUGUUACAACAAGAUUUAAUAGGUGCCUUAAAAAACAGAUUCUCCAAUUUAGAUCGAAGUCGAACUUUCACACUCUGCAUGUUCUUAGAUCCUAGAUUCAAGCUUUAUUUUGAAGACCAGCAUGUAGCCGAAAGUACCAAACAGCACGUAAUACAACUAGUUGCGUCUCUAAUCAAUAAAGCCGACCAAGAUCAGACUCGCCCAGAGAAAACUGACCAAGUAACAGAUCCCUCCGAAACUGCUACUCAAAGCACUCUAUGGCGGCACUACACAGAAAAAAUGAAAAAUAUUCAACCAAAAGGAACUGCGCAGUCAAGGGCCAUAGUGGAAGUGCAGAGGUAUUUGGAAGAGAAACUUGUGAUGCCAGUAAACAUGGCUCUCACGGCAGCAGAUAGAGCUAAACGCUACCGAGAGAAACUUAAACAAAACCCUGAAAAAUUUGAAGAGCAGCGGAAGAAGCAGUUAGAAAGACUUAAGAAGAGUCGAAAAAAAAUAAGUGAGUUGACAGAAGACAAAAAAUUUGAAAGAAAACAAUGGAGGGAAGAAAAGAGGAAACAGAAAGUCAAAAGGAAUAAAAAAGAAAACGAAAAUCAAAGAGCUACCCCAAGUUUAUCCAAGUCUUUGUCGUAG